UAAACUUCCCUGUCCUUUUGCUGCUGAUUUGCCAUAAAACUAAACGCUACCGUUAGAUGAAAGUUGUUCAGGUAGUGUAGACGUUACUUGAGGUGUUAGUUCAGCUAGCUAGCUAACCAGCCCUUUUCUUGGUCCUGACCACCGGCUCGCGCUAUUGCUGGGGCCUCACUGCUAACGUUACUUAGCAACUAAUCACGUCUAUUCUUAUCGUGCUAACACACCGGGAUUCAGUUUAGCCUAGAGAUGACGACACAGUCAACUGGCUGCUCAUUACAACAUUAUAGGACAAACUAUUUUUACAGGUGAUCUAAUCUGUAACAAUGUGUUAUGCUGACUCCCAACUUGUAGCAGCAGUGUGCCCUACUGGAGCCCCGGUGACAUUGCGGAGACUUUUGGACUUAGGGAAUGUGCCUCAGUCGCUAAGCUUACCACAGUGGUCGGUCUGUGGGUAACUCGGGUGUUUGAACAUGUGGAGGUAGUUACCGUUAAAACUCGUGAUAAACAAGAUAUAUACAAGAGACGUAGAAUUAGCCAAUGAGACAGGGUCCUUUUUGUGAGCACCACUUUUUCUCCCUCCUCCCUUUUCCUGGUUUUUCUUUUUGUUUAACAUUUUUUGUUUGUUUUUAUUUUUUCGUUUUAAUUGAUUUUGGUGCGGAGAGAACGACUUCGCCAUCACAGAGCUGCAACCAGUUGUUUUGAUGAUCUGGGGUCAAUCUGUACCCACUGACGGACACAAGCCUUGUGGGUCCAACAGAUUACAGGAGGAAACAUGAGCACAGCCAAGCCCAGUGGAAUCAAAGUGCCCAGCAAGAUAGCUAGGGCACCUGGGACAGGAGCCCCUAAAACCAACCCCAGCACAGCAGGAGCUAAAGCUGCUGCCGCAGACAAAUCAGCUGCAAGUGCCACUGGAGGAGAUGCCCAAAAUGCUGAGGAGAACUUCCAGAUUGGGGAACGGGUAUGGGUCAACGGGAAUAAGCCAGGCUACAUUCAGUUUUUGGGAGAGACACAGUUUGCCCCAGGACAGUGGGCAGGGAUUGUUCUAGAUGAGCCAAUUGGGAAGAAUGAUGGGUCAGUGGCAGGGGUACGCUACUUCCAGUGUGAAGCCCUGCGAGGUAUAUUUACUCGUCCAUCCAAGUUGUCUCGCACGGAGGGGGAGGCUAAUGGAACUCAGACGGCACCGCCCUCCCGUGCUGCAUCUCCCACUCCUUCAGUUGGUAGCGUAGCAUCGCAUACACCUGCCACAAAAUCAACAGUACCCUCAACUACCACAGCAGCCAAGAAGGCUUCCACUGCUACGCCAGCUACGCCAGCUACACCAUCUUCCAACCUUGCACGCACAAACAGUGAAUCUGUCUCCAACCUGUCAGAGACUGGAUCAGUCAAGAAGGGGGAAAGAGAACUGAAGAUGGGUGACCGUGUGUUGGUUGGUGGUACAAAGGCUGGAGUGGUACGUUUCCUCGGAGAAACAGAUUUUGCCAAAGGCGAGUGGUGCGGUGUGGAAUUGGAUGAGCCUUUAGGAAAGAAUGAUGGGGCAGUGGCAGGCACAAGAUAUUUUCAGUGCCAACCCAAAUAUGGCUUAUUUGCUCCAGUGCACAAAGUCACACGCAUUGGCUUCCCUUCAACCACACCAGCCAAAGCAAAAACAACUGUUCGGAAAGUAGUGGCCACUCCAUCAGGGCUGAAGAGAAGUCCUAGCGCCUCCUCCAUCAGUACCAUGAGUUCUGUGGCAUCCUCUGUCAGUGCCAAGCCUAGCCGCACAGGCCUGUUAACAGAGACAUCAUCCCGGUAUAAUCGAAAGAUCUCAGGCACUACAGCCCUGCAGGAGGCACUGAAGGAGAAGCAGCAGCAUAUUGAGCAGCUAAUGGCUGAGAGGGACAUGGAGAGAGCUGAGGUUGCCAAGGCCACUAGCCAUGUUGGGGAGAUGGAGCAAGAAAUUACCCUGCUCAGGGAUGAUCAGGAGCAGAUGGAGGCUAAGAUGGAUCAGUUACGUGCCUUGGUAGAAGCUGCAGACAAAGACAAAGUGGAGCUGCUGAAUCAGCUGGAGGAGGAGCGUAGGAAGGUGGAGGACCUUCAAUUCCGUGUAGAGGAAGCCUGCAUCACCAAAGGAGACCUAGAGACGCAGACCAGACUGGAGCAUGCCCACAUUAAGGAGCUUGAACAGAGCCUGCUCUUUGAAAAGACCAAAGCUGAGAAACUCCAAAGAGAGUUAGAAGACACUAGGGUUGCUACUGUAUCGGAAAGAUCCCGUAUAAUGGAGCUUGAGAAGGACCUUUCACUGCGUACAAGAGAGGUAGCUGACCUGCAGCUGCGUCUUGGGACCCAGCAAGGCUCUGAGGACUCUAACUCUACUCUCUCUCCCCUUCUGGAAGAGAUAAACUCUCUGAGGGAUCAGUUGGCUUCCCAAGAAGCUAAGCAGCAAGAAGAGCUAGCGAAAUACAGGGAGAAGCUAGAAGCUCAAGAAAAGGCCCACAGUGAGGCAGUUGCCCAGCUCCAGACUACAUCUGUAAGGCUCUCUGGUGACAAUGAGCAGUUGCAGAUGCGUAUAAGCCAGGCUGAGAAGGAGAAUGCUGACAUUACUGAACAGUGGCGUUCCAAGUUGGAGUCUGCCAUUGCAUCUCACCAGCAAGCCAUAGAGGACCUGAAGGUGUCCUUCAGCAAAGGCGCAGGUGCCCAGACAGAGGAGCUUGUAGAAACCAAAAGUGCGCUAGAGAGGCUGAAGUUAGAGCACCAUCUGGCUUUUGAGGAGGCCAGAGCCAAACAUGACGCUGACACUGCAGCUUGGACUCAAGAGAUGCAGGCACUGAAGGCACAGCUGUUGUCUUUGACCGAGGAUAAGGAGCGACUGGAGGAGUCGCUACGGUCCAGCGUUGAAAAGGCGGAGGAGCAGCACCUUGUAGAGAUGGAAGAUGUUCUCGGAAAGCUUCAUGCUGCUGAACUUAGGGUAAAGGAGCUUGAGGAGAAAGAGGCAAUGUUAGCACAACGGAUCCAAGACAAGGACAGAGAAACCAAAGAGCAGAUGGCAGAAAUGGUUGCUCUACGCAGCCAAGUAGCACAAAGUAAUCAGGAGGUUGUGACCCUGAAGAGUCAGUUAGAGGAGGUUCAGAGCCAAGGAAACAACCAGGGUGCCAAGGUUAGUGAAUUGAGCUCUCAGUUGGAAGGCCAACAGAAGGAGGUCCUUUCUUUACAGCAGACUCUGACUACUGUAAAGCAGGAGAAGGGCACCAUGGAACAAGAACUUGGAGGCUUGAAACAAAAGUUGGCUGAAAGCACAGAGGAGCACACAAAAUUAGCAAAAACUAUGCAAGAAACAUGUGAGAAGCUCACUAAGAAGGAAGAGCAGUGCACUUCCCUAGCCACAGAAUCAGAGUCUCUAAGAAGUCAGCUUUCUGGGCUGGAGAGGAAACUGAAGGCUGCAGAUGAAAAGCUUGAGCAGCUUUCAAAAGACAAAAGCAAGCUGGAAAAUGAUAUUUCUGACAUGAUGAAGGCAUCUGGUGAUAGUUCAGUACAGCUGACUAAAAUGAAUGAAGACCUCAUUCAGAAAGAAAGGAGGCUUGAGGAGUUGCAGAGUCAACUUGCAGAGGAGAAGGAGAAGGUGGCACACAUGAAUGAACAACUCCAGCAGCAACAGUCCCGCAGAGAGCAGGAGCUGAAAGAGACCAGAGAUACACAUCAGUCUCAAAUAAAAGACCUCCAGGAAAAGAUUGCUAGCUUGGAGAAGACUGUUAAACAGGGUGAGACCCUAGUUGAGGAGCUGAGGGCCUCUCAAGAAAAAUCCCUCUCUCAGGCCUCAGAGCUCCAUGUAAAGGAACGUGAGGUGCUGCAGAGUCAGGUUGACAAGUUGAAGCAGGAGCUCUCCUCCUCCAAGAACAAAACCCAGGAGCUGGAGAAGUUGGUAUCUGAGCUGCAGCCAUACAAGGAACAAGCUCAGUGUCUUUCCGCUGAGCUUGAAACCUACAAGCAUGAUGUUGAACAUUUGUCCAAAAAACUGGAAAAACAGAGUCUAGAUCUGGAAAACCUUUGUAAGGAAAGUGAGGAUGUUAAGGCUAAGAAAGACAAACUGGAGAAACAGCUUUCAGAUGUGCAGACUAAGCUCUCUGCCCUUGAGAUUAGACACCAGGAGCUUUCAGUCCAGAAUGAAGAACUGCUAAUAACCAGAGACAAGCUUUCAAAAUAUCAAGAAGAAUUAAUCACAAGUAACAAAUGCUUCGAUGAAGAAAGGAUGUCAUUGAACACAGAACUGAAGAAGCUCAAAGAUCUUCUUCAGGAAGUUCAGACUGAAAACAAGAACCUGAAACAUAGUAAAAGUGAACACCAGGCCCAAAUUGAAGAGCUUCAAAGACAAUAUGCAGAGAAGAAUGACUUGCUCCUAAAACAUCAGCAGGACAUUGAGCAAAUUCAGGCUAAAAAGAAACAACUACUUGAGGAUUAUGAGAAUAUCUGCAAGGAGAGGAACCGACUUGAAGAGGACCUCAAUGAAAGCAAGUCAAAACUCACAUCAGAGAAAGACAAUCUUAUUUUAGAAAGAGAUGCUGCUAGAAAUGCCAAAAAAUCUCUUGAUGCUAAGAAUGCCGAACUGCAGGAAAAACUUAAAUCUUUGAACUUAGAAAAAGAAGAUCUUACAAUGAAGAAUACCCAACUGCAGGCACUCACAGAAACAUUAACAAAAGAGAAGGUAGAGAUGUCCUCUGAAAUCAGUGCCUCUGUGUUGGAUAAAAAGAGCCUUGAGACAGUGAAGGAGGAGCUCCAGAAUAAGCUCACUGUUGCUAAGAAAGACUUGGAGAGCUCUGUCCGUGAAUGUGAAGAACUUAAAGCCUCCAAAAUGAGCCUGGCCCAGAUACUGGAAGAGUUUAAGACAAGCAGUCAGGUGACUGAUUCUGAGAGACUUCAUCUUCUGCAGGAGAAAGAAGAGUUGCUUGCAAUCCAAAGAAAAGUCUGUAACGAGAAGGAAGAGCUCCUCAAAGAGAUCGAAGAACUAAAGGAGAAGCUUAAAAUCUCAACAGAACAACUGUCUCAGUCCAACGAGAAAUCCAAAGAAGCAUUGUCAUCUUUUGAGCAAGAGAGGCAAGCGUUUCGUCUUCAGAAUUCUGAAACUGAAAUGGCUCUGCAUGAUAUUCGAAAGGAAAAGAUGAGCCUGGAUUCAGCACUAGAGCAGCAGAAAAUGGAUUAUGAGCGUUUGGCAGGGGAGAAGGGAGAGUUAGAAGAAAAGCACACAAAAGCUGUAUCUGACAAAAAUGUUCUUUCUGUUGAACGUGAUAAGCUAGCUAGUGAAAUGCGAACAAUUAAGGACCAGUUGGAUUGUUACUCCAGAGCUAAUGCUGACCUUAUGCAAGAGAAGUCUCAUUUAACAACAUUGCUAGAGGAAAACAAACGCCAAAAAGACGAAGUUGAAGCAGAGGUGACCUCUUUGAAACGAGAAAAGGCUGACCUUCAAAAUGAACUGCAGAAACAUAACUCUGAUAUUGAAAUUCUUGAAAAGGAUAAAACUGAACUUGCCCAAGAGCACAGUAAACUAAAAAUGGAAUUUGAGAAGGCAAAUUUAGUACUUGUUCAACAGGUGGAUAACCUUAAAAAUGUUAAUCAGCAUCUGCAGUCUUUGCAGACUGAGGCUGACAAAAAAGUGCAGUCUUUGCAGGAAGAGAAUCAGGGGCUGCUUCAGGCGAUGCAGGAGUUAAAAAGUCAGACUGAAUCAGUGUCAGAGGCCAAGCACCUUUUGGAGACUCAGCUACAGGCUGAAUCCACUGAACGGAGUAAAGUGACAUCUGAUAAGGAUUGUCUUUCCAAACAAAUUGAUGAGCUGCAGAAAACAUUGUCCAAAGUUACACAACAAAAUGAAGAGGUUUCUUCUAACCUUAAGAAUGCCAAUGAGCAAAAGAAGUCUUUAAUGGUGGAUAUGGAGGCUUUAAAAACACAACUGAAGCAGCAAGGGCAGGAAUCCAGUCAGUUGACAGAAGAUAAAGAACAGCUGUUAUCUAAGCUUGAGGAGAUGGGCAAACAGAUGACCCUUUUGACCACAGAGAAAGAGGACCUUUUAGCUGUAAAGUGUAAAUUGGAGCAGGAUGUCUCUUCUCUCCACUCAAGCCAAGGAAAUUGGCUCACAGAACAGUCAAGGCUCCUUGAAGAGUUGGAGAAGUUGCAGGCUAGCCAGAGACAACUAGAGGUUGAUGUCAAGGCCCUACAAACUGACAAAGAACUUUUGGAAAAGCAAUACAAGAAUGCUGUCGCAGAGGUAUCUGCUUCAGCCAUUGUAAAAGAAGAGAUUUCCUGCAGCAUCUCAAACCUGACAGCUCAGAAGAAUGCUCUGCAGGUGGAGCGUGAUGAAGUCACCCAGCAAGUCACCCAGCUCGAGUCCCAACUAAAAAAUGCCAUUUCUAAGCAGCUCGAGGCCACAGAGGCCUCUGGCAAGACUGCUGAGGCUCUCGAACAGCUGACAAAAGAGAAAGCCAAUUUGAUGCAGGAGAAGAACAAAGCUCAAUAUUUGCUGGAAGAGCUCCAGAGUUCAAAGCAGGAGAUAGAGACACAGCUGGAAACAUUGAAGAAAGAGAAUUCCAAGUACCAAGAAGAUCUUAAUGUAUCCAAAGAUCAGCUUUGCACAGAAACUCAGAGGACCAAGAGUCUGUGCCAGGAAAUUGAGGAGCUUAAAGAAGCAGUUUCUGUGAAGUCGCGGUCCUUAGAGAUUCUGCAAGAUGAAAACAACAAGCUGACUCAGGAGCUUGAUAACAAUCACAAAGACCAGGGUGAUCUUGUGAAGCUCAAAGAUGAGCACUCAAAACUCAAAAAACAGUUGGAGGAGUUGAAGCAAGGCCUGCCAAAUAAUGCCUUCAGUGAGAGCACCUUGAAGGAGCAGUUGGACAAGGAGAAGGCCGCCCUCCAACAGUCUAUCCAUAAAAAUAGUGCCUUAAUCUCAGAAAAGGACCAGCAGGUGGAAAAUCUGAGGAGCGAGCUGACUGUACUGCGUGGGGAAAGUGCCUCAGUUAAGACACUGCAGGGUACAAUUCAGGCCUUGGAGCGGGACAAGGCUAAUCUACAGGAGCGUGUUCAGAGACUGGAGAAAGACCUGGCUGCAGGGCCUGACACCAUCAACAAGUCCUCAGGUGAUGCGGUUUUGGACCAACUAAGGGAGGAUAAAGAGACUGCAGAGAGUCAGAUUGAGUUUCUCAAUUCAGUCAUCGUUGACCUCCAGAGGAAGAACGAGGAACUCAAGGACAAAUUGGAGAAAAUGGCAGCUGCUGCUCUCAAUGGGAAUAAUCCAAGUGAGCUGGAUAACUAUGAAAGCCAUGGACAGGAACCUGUGAGGAAGAAGCCUCCUCCAAGGCUCUUCUGUGACAUCUGCGACUGCUUUGACCUCCAUGACACGGAGGACUGUCCCACACAAACACAGAUGCCCGACUCACCUCCACACACCACCUACCACGGCAAUAAGGGUGAAGAACGGCCCUACUGUGACAUCUGUGAGGUCUUUGGCCACUGGACCGAAUCCUGUAAUGAUGACCAGACCUUUUAAAGCCUUUUUAACCCUCGUUCGCACAAUCAAUAUAUUUGCACAUCAUGUUAGAUAAGGCAGUUGCUUUUUGGGGUUUUGGUUUGUGUGUGUGCAUUUUGUGUGCUUGUUUUUGCCAAGCGUCUUUAUCGUCCACACCAGCCCUUAAGCGCUCUUAUAGGAGAACAGUCUUCUCAGAAUCUCUUUCCAAAAAUUCUGACAUCCAGAAAAAUAAUAUACAGCGGUUACCAGUUUGUAUUUGUAAUUGUAAAUGACUUUGGAGGAGAAAGGUUUGGAUAUGUUGGGUUUGUGUGAAUGUGGGGAUACUGUAGGCGGACAUAUUAUUGUGGGAGAAGCAAUGGUCUUCUUCAGAUCAAUUUAAUUUAUCAAUAUCCUAACAUUGUUUGCACAGUUUGUCGGAGGAUUACAAAGAUAAUAUAGUAUCAUAAAAGGUCUUUUGAAACUGUAAAUGACUUGAUUGAAAAACAAAUGUCAAUUUGCGCAAAAAUUGGUGAGCUAUAGUUUAUUUUUUUAUGCCUGGAAAUACUAUGUACUCUCUAAAGGUUUGAUAGUAUGUGUGUAAUUUUGUGAAGGGGGGGGGGGGGGGGCUCACUCUGUGGAGCAGUGAAACAUAGUGCUGUUUGGCUUUGAUAGGAACUUUUUUAUGGUCUUCAUGAAUGGACUGCUGGAUGAUUGGUAAGAAAGAAGCAGUUAAUUUUAAAGCACUUCACUUACUGUAAGCCCUCAGUUCCAGUGAAAUGGCCUUUCCAAAAAGUUUCUUUGCAAUUAAAAGAUAAUUUCUGUAUGAAACAAUGAAAUACUUAAGAAUUUCUUUAAAAAAUGUUUUGAAUAUCUGUAUAAAAUAAAUUAAAUUUAUGUAUAAAUUAAA